AUGAGCUCGUCCAUGGAGGAGCAACCCGCCGUGGCUGUUGCCGAGGGCCUGAAACAACCCAUUGAUACGGUCGACCCAUCUUCACCCUCUCGCAAACACCUGCGGCUUGUGGUCGCCCUGGAACCGCUGCUGACGCUUGUCUCGAUCGUGCUGGACCUAGUGAAAGUGAUCAUGCUCGGUGUGCCCCGGAUCUUUCGCGAGAUGUACAGCAUGAUGGUGCCACGCCCGGAGAAGGACGUCCGCGGUCAGGUGGUGCUCAUCACGGGCGGUGGAAAUGGGCUGGGUCGGGCCAUGGCCCAUCUGUUUGCUGGACGGGGUAGCAAUCUCGUGCUCGUAGACAUCGAUCUAGCCGCGGCUGAGCGUGUUGCCGAAGAACUAAAGCAGGAAUACGGAGUGGCAGCUCGCGCGUACCGGGUUGAUGUGUCCCAGUUCGAGCAGUGUAAGGCGCUUGUCGACCAGAUUGAUCGCGACGGUGCCGGACCGGUGGAUAUUCUCAUCAACAACGCCGGGCUGCUCAUGUUUGCGUUCAUCAACGACUCGCCUGUCGACCGCGCUAACACGCUGAUGGAUGUGAACCUGAAAUCGCACGUUUGGAUGACCAAGGUAUUCCUUGACGGAAUGGUCAAACGCAAACGUGGCCACAUCGUGGGAAUUUCUUCCAUGUCCGGCAUGUACGCCUUCCCGUGGGCUGUCGUGUAUUCGGCGACAAAGUUUGCCGUGUCCGGUUUCAUGGCAGCACUAGCGGAACAACUUCGGAUUCAAGGACUCACCAGGAGCAUUCGAACUACUUGCGUUAAUCCUUACUACGUGACCACGCGGAAGGACGUCGUUGAUUUCUUGCAGAAACCACGAUUCCCCCCUCUGACGGUGGAUGAGGCGGCUCGACCAAUCGUAGAAGGAAUUCUGCGGGAAGAUUUUGUCGUUACGAUUCCUAGGCUGUUUGGAGUCUUCACCCGUUUCAUGCUCCUUUUCCCGGUUCCUGUUCAGCAACUCGUUCGAGAUUACCUAAUGCGUGAAUACGAGCUGAACAACAACGUGCCCACUUAACGAAGAGGAGAGCUGCAAGCUGAAGACUAGGAACAUCACUGCUUAUAAAUGGAACUCAAUGCAUCGAUACUCAGUAAGACGAGUGAGAAAGAUGUUGUGCCUGACUAGUAUUCGAAAAUUCUUAAAGAAUAACACUGCGUUUAUACCGCAGCCGGAUUCUAACGUCCUGUUGUGCUGUACUAUGAAUGCGUACCAAGUAUGAAUUACUAAAACGUGUGUGAUCGUGUGGAGUAAAAUAGGAUAAGGUACCGUGAAAUUUGUAUAAUA